AUAAAGGAACCGGAUUUUUAUCAUUCGGAACUCAGAUUUUCAGCUCGAAGAAAAGAAACCCAGCAAUCAUCAAACUGUUCUAAGCUUUUUCUUUUUUACCUUUUACAUUUUGGGUUGGUGGACCGUUUUGCUCCGGUAAAUUUUACAUUCGGAUUCAGCGGAAUCGAUUGGAGAGAGUCUAUUCAUUUAUUUAUUUUUCAUUGAGUUUGUUUGGGUUUUCAGUUCCCACCGGUAAAUUGUUGGCCACCUGACUCAUACCCAGAAAAAAAAACAUCUACUACUUCUACCAGGUGGUUUUAUUAGAGGGCUAAAGGAUUUAAGGAUGUAUCCCGUUUACCAAUCUAUGAACUCUUCCUACCCUCAUCACCAAAUGCAGUCAAUACCCCAUCAUCAACAUCAUCCCGGGUAUUAUUAUCAAUCUUGGCCUCCCCAUCCCGCAUAUGGUUACUUGGCGCCGCAGCCUCCUUAUACUCCUGUUGCUCCUGUAAUUUAUCCUGGUGUUUACCCUGCGCCUCCGGCUUCUUAUCCUGUUUGCUACGGUUGCCCUCCCCCUUAUACUAUGGUGGAGGCUCCAGAUUAUGCCAGGCCUCUAGGUAACAUGUCUGGAAACCAUGGUCAUUGUUGUGGUUGCCCAAAUCAUCAGCAUAAAAGGGAUGGAAAUGUCAAGAUUGAGGAAGAGAGCCCUGAUGAGACUCUGACUAAUUCUUCACCAGUUGCCUGGGUUCCCAGGGGUUCCAUGAUGAAUGCAGCAUCGGAUGAUUCGGGAAAACCUGCUAGGAAGGAUUUCACGCAUUCAGGUGGCACAGAGGCUAAUCAGAGACCAAUACCUUCGUCUGAGCAGAAAGCUUUACUGAACAGAUGGAUCCCUUUAAUAAUGGACAAUACUGGGGAGGAUGACUCGGCAAGGAGGCAAGAUAAUCAGGGUGGAAAUAAGAGGAAUUUCAUGAACGGGUGGCUGCCGUUGAUCAUGGAUGAUUCUGGUUUUGAAAAGCAGGGAGUUGAUUCGGCUAGGAAGCAUGGAAGUCAGGAUGGAGAUGGGAGAAAUUUUGCCAAUGGAUGGUGGCCUUGGAUGGUGAAUAAUCCUGGAGUUGCAAAGCUAGCGUGUGAUUCACUAAGAAAGCAAGAAAAUCAGGACGCAGAUAAGGAAAAGUUUGCAAAUGGGUGGCUCCCUUUGAUAAUAGAUAACUCUGGAUCGGCAAAGCGAGGAGGAGGUGAUUCAACUGGAAAGAAAGAGCAUCAAGAUGAAGAUAAGCGGCGAAUGUCUUUUCCUUUGAUAUGGGUGCCUUAUAAUCUUGAUGAUCCUAAGGAGAAGAGGGACAGUGGAAAAUUGAGAGCUGCUGAAGAAGGCACAAAAGAGAAACCUAAAGUUAUGAUCCUUGGUUCUGAGGACAAAGAUAACAUACCACCCGAAGUUAAUGAGGCGAAAAAUGUCCCUGCAAAGACUGUUGAAUCUGCAGAGCAAGGGAAUUUACCUAAGAAGAAUGAAGUGAAAAUGGAAAGCCCUUCUGGUGGUUCUGAAGACGUGAAAUCUCAUCAAGGAUCUGCUAAGAGUAAGCCUUCUUCUCCGUCUAAAUCUCAAAAAUUGCCUCCUAUUUGUCUCAGAGUUGAUCCGGUUCACAAGAGGAAAAAUGGAAAAUGCAGCUCGAGAUCCCCAAGUCCCCCUAAAGACAAAGAAAAACUUCAGCAACCUGUUCGAUCAGAUGCAAAAGAAGCUGUUGAACGGGACGCGGCAUUGGAAAACAGCACGCAAGAAUCAUGCAGAGAUGCCGAACAACGCGAGAGAAAAGUGAAAACAAUUGAAGUUUCGGAAGGGCUGACCGAGAAAGAUGAAAAUGUGGUAGCUGUUGAGAAGCGAACAAGUAAGGCCGAUGAGGGUUUGUCCCCUUCUGAUCAAUCAGCAGCACUGGACAUGGAUGGAAAAUUUGUUAAAAUUGAUCCUUCAGACAUAGCAAAGAAUGCAAGAAUGCUGUCUGAAGAUGAAGCAGCUACCAUCAUCCAAUCCGCUUAUCGUGGUUAUGAAGUUCGGAGAUGGGAACCACUGAAGAAGUUGAAGCAAAUUGCUGAUGUAAGAGACCAGGUGGUUAAACUAGACAAACAGAUUGCUUCUGAUAUGCAAAUUGAUGAUAAGUGGAGAAUUUCAAUUGAGGAAACUAUAAUGAACCUCUUGCUGAAGCUGGAUACUAUACAGGGCUUGCAUCCCAGCAUAAGAGAUGUCAGGAAAUCUGUGGCAAGAGAACUUGUUAGCUUACAAGAAAAGAUUGAUUGCCUAACUUGUAUGAAAUCUGAAACUGUACAAGAGCAAAAUUCAGGCGAUAAGUUCGACCAAGAUGGGGGUGAGUUAAAGCCCAGCACUGCUCAUGAAGUCCAUUCAGAGGUCAACAAAGAUGUAGCUCCUGCAGGGUUGGAUGUGAAUGAUAGAGAAAAUGACGCUUCAUCUGAACUUAUAGGAACAGAAUCAUUGGGGACGCCCUCCACAAUAACCGGAUGCGACUUGGGUAAUGAGGCUACUACCACCACAGAUACCACUGAAACAGAAUCAAAAUCUGAAAAUGAGGUCAUGGACCUUGUAUUCGGUGAUGACCAAGGGCAUUCAGUGGGUUGCUCACUUCAACAGGUCUGGCACAAUGACGUAGAUUCCGGAGCUAGUUCAGUGGAACCUGUAGCACACUCCUUAAGAAUCAGUACUGUAUCCGAGUCUGAAAAUGAGGCCUGGAAUGGUUCGAAGGUGGCUGAAUUGUCAGAGUGUGGAGGUAAUGAGAGUGCUGAUGAACUUGCAGUUGCUAGUCCAUUGGAAUUGGUUGCAGCAUUCCAGGGAGCUAAUGAUGCAGAUCUCGAUGGAACCAGAUUGUCAUGGGAAAAUGAGGCCACAACUAAAACAGAGAACCUUGCUAUGGAAGUCAGUCUUCAUCAUGAUUCCUCUCAGGUUGGGAAUGUUGAGAUCACAUCAUUGGCCACAGAUGAGGUCUCUGACCUGAAGGAAGUAUCCGAGUCACUCAAAGGCCACAGCUCUGUUAACUUGCAUGGGGAUUCUCAUCUUCUGCAGUUUGAAGAAGGAAAUGACAAUUCCCAGCAAUGUGAAACAGUAAUGGAGGAUGUAACAAAAGGAAAAGAUUUGACCCAUGAGGAGGCCACGGAGGGCUUUGGUGAUGGUGAUGAGAACCCCAUCAGGGCUGCUUGUGUUCAGAGUAAUGAUGACGUGAGCAUGAAUGUCAAUGAAAAAGGAACAUACGGAGAAGAUCUUAACGUAAAUCAGCAGCUAGAGACAGAAGACUGCUUGGAACUGGGUGUUGGGUUGGCCAGGCCGGAGGAUAUCCAUGACAAAGUGGAGAACUGCACGGCGUCAGAUCCAGGAUCUCAAGAAGUUCCAAUAGAAGACGCCCCAGAAGAGCAUGCAAGUUUGACAUCUAGACCAGGAGAUGAUCCUGAGGUUCAUAAUGAAGAGUUAAGGGAGAUGGAAGCUGAAGCUCUCGUGUCAAGUUCUGAAGCUCAAAUGGAAAGCCCUCUUAUCGAUGUUAAGAGCAAUGAUGAACUUGAUGCAACUGACUCUACACUUGUAGUAAACAAUGGUUGCACAUUGGAAAAGGAUCAAAAUUCCUCAGAGUUAGAUGCCGAAGAUGUUGUGGAGACGAGUUUGCAGGAUAUAAAAGAUGCAAAGAAAGGAGAGGUUUUGCCGCCAUUGCCAACAGCCAGACAGUGCACUUUUGGGGAUGAUGGUUCAGGCUUAGCAGGAGUUGACAAGAAGCUUAUUGAAGAAAACGAGAGGUUGAGAGAAGCAAUGCAGAAGCUAAUUGAAGCAGGAAAUGAGCAACUGGCUGCAAUAUCUAGCCUUUCUGGGAGAGUUAAAGAUCUGGAGAAGAAGUUAUGGAGGAAAAACAAGUUGAGGAUGAGAGGACCACACGGCCCAUCUCGUUACACAUCCAGGAAGUCGUGUUUAAAACCGUCAAAUGGUUGCUUGAAUGAGAAACUUGCACCGAUGGCAAUGUAGAACGUUGUUUUGGGUUUCCCUUCAUUAUCUUCAUGUCAAAGGUGUUGUAAUUCUGAACAUGUAAAAUUAUUUGGAGUGAAAUAAAGAGCUUUCGUAUAAGCUUUCCUAGUGCCUCUUCUUCCUUCAUCCGCUUUAAGUUUU